GCCACUCUCCUUUCAAGGUCAUCGUCUCUGCCCUUCGACGCCCAGUUACGCAACGCUGGUCCGCCUGCCCCCGUUACCAAAGAAAUCACAACAUGUCUUCAGGCGGCGAUGCCGGACUGGCCAAAUUGGCUCCGACUCAAAAGUCUGAGGUCGACCCAGCUCAAACGUCCAAGACCGCUUCAAAUCAACCUCCCGCUCUAUUAGAGGAAGACGACGAAUUUGAAGACUUCCCUGUGGAAGAUUGGACACAAGAAGAUACCGAAGUACCUGGUGGCUCGACGCAUCUAUGGGAGGAAAGCUGGGAUGAUGACGACGAGAACGAAGACUUCAGCAAACAAUUAAAGGAGGAGCUGAAGAAAGUCGAGGCCACCAAAUCAUGAGAACCUGGCGCCCACCACCGGUAGAAACAUGGCUCAAUUUAUCCUCC